ACCACCGCCUCUUUGCUCCCAUCUCUCGAGCCCAGCUCGCGCUUCUCUGCCGCUCGCAGAAUUCCGCGUUCUGUUCCCACUUCGCGCCAUGGCUCUCAGCGCCUACGCCCUGCCGCGGGCGCUCGCGCUCGGCCUGCUGCUCGUCGCCGCCUGCAGCUCGUCGCAAGCUGCGCCGCUCGGCCUCGUGAGCGUGACAAAGCCGCCGAGCGGCGGUGCAGGGGCGCCGCUGAGCAACGACGAGUGGAGCAGCAUUGUCGGCUGGAUCAGCGUCGCUUGCUGGAUCUGGCCCUCCUGGAGUCAACUGCUCGAGAACCACAUCAACAAGUCGGGCGAGGGCCUCAGCAUUCUCUUCGUCUACCUCUGGCUCGCCGGCGACGCACUCAACAUGAUUGGAGCGAUGAGGCUGCAUCUGCUGCCCACCAUGAUCGUGCUGGCGGGCUACUACUGUCUCUGCGACGUGGUGCUCAUCUGGCAGUACUACUACUACCGUCGUUACUGGGACUACUACCACCCCUCUGCCGUCGCAAGCGAGUCGACGUCUCUUCUCCCGCCCUCCUCUUCGGGCGGCGCUGCCAACAGCUCUGCCAUCUCCGCCCCCGGCGGCGCCUCGGCCUCGCACAUUUCCGUGCCGCCCAAGUCGCCCGAGCCGCGCUCCGACUGGCGCCUCGAGGCGCUCAAGUACAUGGCCGCCUUUGGCCUCGUCGUCGGUGCCGGCGUCGCCGCGUGGGCGGUGAGCGAGUAUCAGGGCUCGAAACACACCGGGAACAAGCCGCCGCCGAGCGCGCCGAGCGGAGAGUGGAAGUGGGACGCGCAAAUCUCGGGAUGGGCUAGUGCCGCGCUCUAUCUCUCAUCGCGCAUUCCUCAACUGUUCAAGAACGUCGAGACGCACUGCGAGGGCCUCUCCUUUUCGCUGUUCCUCUUUGCCGUUGGCGGCAACCUCACAUACGUCCUCUCCAUCGUGCUCAAGAGCACAGACCGAGACUAUCUCAUCGAGAAUGCCUCUUGGAUUGUCGGGUCUCUCGGCACGGUGCUGUUGGACUUUGGCGUGCUGGCGCAGUUCUUCCUCUAUCGCGGCGCGCGCGAGGCCGACCGGCUGGCGGCGGCCGAGGCACGCGCCAAUGGCGGCGUGGCGCCGCCCAGCGCGGCGCAGACUGCGGUGCCGACGAGCGGCGCCACGGCGACGGCGACGGCGGGCAUGCCUUCUGCGCCUUGAGCGAAGAGCAGGCAAGGGGGGAGGAAGGGAAUGGCAGGGUUUGCAGAGGAGGAAUGAGAUAGACACUCCCACGAG